AUGGCCGAGGUUUCUACUACAGUUGUUGCACAACAAGAAGUGAAAACUGAGGUCAAAGAAGUCACACAAAAAGAAGUGCAAGGGGAAGAGAAAAAGGAGGUAAAAGCGACUCUUGAAGGACAAAAAGACUGGAAGGACAUGAUUGCGAAAACAGUAGUCCCAGUUGUACCAGCUGCAGGAGCUAAAGCCCCCGAAGUUGUUACGGAAACUAAACCGGUUGCACAAUCGACGUUUUAUAAGGACAAAUAUAACGAAAGCGAUUUUGUCUUGAUGUUCAUGAACCCAACACAACCAUUGGAGAACUGGAUGGUAAAGGAAUUACUUGAAAACAUCGACGUGAAAGCUCGUGGAAUUAGACAAGGAAAGACAGGCAAGUGUUAUGCCGAUUUUGAAGACCAAGAAACUUGGCUGAAGGUCAAGGCGUUGAACGGAGAACAGGUGGGGGAAACCACAAUUUUUAUCAGUGACGUCCCUCCUAGGACUGACGCCCCAAAGAAUGGUACUUACUCCAAAGAUAAAAAGACCCAAAAACCAUUCAAUAAAAAACAAGGAGGAUUUGGCCAAAAGCACGACCAACACCCCAAGAAACAUGAAAAGACACUCGAAGAGAAAAAGAAGGAAGAAGAAAUCAAAAAGAAGAAGGAGGAAGCUAAGAAGAAAGCAGAAGAGAAAAAAGUCGUUUUAAAUGAAGAAGAGAAAGACGAAGGGUGGGAAGUCUGUGAGAAAGGUGCCAAACAACAAAAGAAAAAGACAACAAAGAAAACACACAUCGACGGCAUCGUAAAGUCGAAGAAAUUCUUCGACGAGGCUUAA